AGAAACACAUAAAUAUUUUUUUCUUUGGGGAAGUCUGAGAAAAAGUGAGAGAGAAACAGACAAACAGAGGAGACGGAGGACGGAGCAGCAGACGGACAGAAGGAGGAGUGAGGAGUUAACAAAGGAAGGAGCAUCGGAGCACAGAGGGAAAAAACACAACUCCCAACUCUCUGCAACACUUUCAGCUGAGUGUCGACUCUCUUCUCCCCGACCACGGACCCGUGCUCGUCCUCGUCCUCGGUGUGAGCGGCCUGCACAGCGACGCUGACGACGGCUGAGACGAGAGGAGAGGAGAGGAGAGGAGAGGAGAGGAGACGAGAGGAGAGGAGAGGAGAGGAGAGGAGAGGAGAGGAGAGGAGACGAGAGGAGGGAGAAAGGCAGUGAAAAAAACAGAAGAAAAAAAAACCUUGGCUGAGGUGAAGAGGAAGCAGUCGUGUGGGAGAGCAGAGGGCGAGGAGAGGAGAGAGCGACGAAAGACGGGGGAGUGGAGGAGCGAGGAGCCCCCGUUGUUCCAGCGGAGUGAGAGGAAAACAAGAAGAAGAGGAGGAAGAGGAAGAGGAGUGAUGCAGAGUCGGGGAAGACGGAGGGAGAAGAGUCGACUGGACAUGGGGCUCUGUGCUGUUCUCCUCAUCUGUCUCUCCCAGGCGGAGCUGGGCAGAGUGUGGGCUCGGGAGCUGGAAGACGCAGUGAGUCGGACUCCCCUGCGGACAGAUGCGGAUCCGUCCGACUUCCACAGAACCAGCAGGGACGAGCGGAGCCCGCACAGACACAGAGAAGCCCGCGACACACAGGCUGCAGGCGGCGGAGGAGGAGAAGGAGGAGGCGUGGAUAUCAGCGUCAUGCCCGACAACAUGACCCUAAUAUUGGACUCCCAGAGGUACUACAGAUGGCAGAGCUUCGGUCCAACGGACAGACGGACUGAAGACCUGUGGGUAGAUCUGAACGCCCUGCACAAGAGCCAAGUCCGAAUCCACGGCAUACUGUCCAACACACAUCGCCAGGCAGCGAGGGUGGCGCUUUCUUUUGAUUUCCCUUUUUACGGACACCAAUUGAGGCAAAUCAUCGUCGCAACUGGCGGGUUCAUCUUCAUGGGCGAUAUUACUCAUCGAAUGCUGACUGCCACGCAGUACGUUGCCCCCCUCAUGGCCAACUUUGACCCCAGCUUCUCCAAGAACUCCACAGUGAGCUACUCGGACAACGGUAAUCUAUUUGUGGUGCAGUGGGACAAGGUGCGGCUAAAGGAUCGAGAGGAUGAAGGCGCUUUUACUUUCCAGGCGGCCCUCCACAGAAAUGGGACCAUUGUUUUCAACUACAGAGAUAUCUCUUUGCCAGUGGAGAGAAUUAAUUCCACCGAGCAUCCGGUGAAAGUGGGACUGUCUGACGCUUUCAUGGCAACGCUCUCCUCACAGCCCUCAGGUCAAAGCAACAACUAUGCAAACCGGCGCAUUAUCUAUGAGUACCAUCGAGUGGAGAUUGACGCGACAAAGAUCGUUAGCGGAUCUGCUUUCGAGUUCACACCACUCCCCACUUGUCUUCAGCACACAUCCUGCGAAGUCUGCCUAACGUCCAACCUGACAACCGGCUGCGGCUGGUGCAACACACUUCAACGAUGUUCGGAUGGUAUCGACCGGCAUCGACAAGAGUGGUUGGAUUAUGACUGCCCCGAAGAGGCUAAAGGCACCUGUGAGGACUACAACACGGUCCUACCUGAGGCGUCGAUGAACUCCUUCAACCACUCCUCCCCAGGUCCAACACCUUCUUCGGCAGAGCUCGAAGACCAUCCUGUCACUAGUGAUCUACAGACGGGUCCUCCAAAGCACAAGGGGAUAACGGAGAACACAGCCAUCAUCGCCGGUGUCGUGGCCGCCCUCGUUCUGAUUGUGGCUCUGACCUUACUGGCCGUCUACUAUAUCAACACACACCCUACGGUUGCUCCACCGUUCUACCUCAUGCAGCGGCGCACCAACAACUACUGGCCCUCGAUGAAGUUCCGCAACCAGGGCUGUCACUCCAGUUACGCCGAGGUCGAGCUUGGGGGCCACGAAAAGGAAGGAUUCAUUGAAGCCGAGCAGUGCUGCUAAAGGGUCCCGGACGCGCAGGACUAGGUCAGACGAACGGUACAACAAACGGGAGGAAAAUGGACGAUCAGGCAGACCAUCGACACAAGACGCCCCGACUCCAACCUUGGCGGCCGGACAGUGUUAACUGUAACUGCUCUCGUAGGUCUUUCUCUGUGUAUCUCGCUCUCUGCCAUCACACACAGGAGAGUUUCCAGUAUCCGAGCGUCUGAGAGGAAACCGACUGUACUGAAAUGACGAGACGCAAAUGUGUAACUGUACAAAACCCAUCAACCCGAGGGGGGAUGUCAGGGAUUGAAUCGAACUAGCCUUCAUACUGCAAACCAAUGUACAGCUUCAUCUAACUGUGUGUUUUUGUUUAUGUUUGUUUCAUGAUAACUUCUACGCGAGCAACGAUUGGUUCAUAAAAUGUUAUAUCUCUGUGGACUGCGACAGAUAUAUUUAGCUUUAUAACUCAUAGUGAUUAUAAUGGUCAUCUUGAACCUUGUCUGGGGAAAUAUUGAAUGUUUGGAUGAAUUUUGAGAGACGCCACGUUAUGAGAGUUUUCUUUCAAAUCUUUCUGUUUAAAUGUCUUCUAAUAAAAGCAAAAGAUGCUGGUGA